AUGCGAUCUAACGAAGCUUUUCUAUCGCCAUUCUUAGUUCUUAAAUUUUUAAAAUGUGAUCUAAAAAAGAAAGAUUAACGCUAGCUGUAUACCCUACUAGAUUGUUAUGCAUAAGUUAAAACAAUAUAACACAAAGGAAGUAUAAUUAUAUUUAAACAUCCGCGAUCAUUGUUGAAUACACUCUUAUUUUUAAAAUAGUUCUAUUAUGAAAAAGUGUUAAUGACCUCGAUAGCUUCGAGAAUGACAUUGAGACGGAUGCAUUGAGAAGCCCUCUCGAUACAAUUUGAAAGUGAAAAAACGUCUGUUGCGGAUCGAGAAUACUGUCGCGAUACGCGAAGUGCGAUGUUAACCAACCUUUUUCCAGUACUGUAUAUGAACUUUCAUCUGUCUUCAGCAAGCUUAUCACUGCAUAUUACAAAUUGUAACUCAAAAUGAGACCAGGACGCAUGUGGAGAAGAAAUGCUGAAGAUAAGAACAAGAAAUUCCAGUCACAACACUAUUCGCCUUAUUCUGACAAAAUCUAUGGCUCUCAAUAUAUUGUGUCUUUGGUUAUUUUUAUUGGAUUUUUGGUAUACAUGAUAUACACAUCAGACUCUUUUUUACCUACAUCGAAACCUAUUGAUUCACCCCUACAAGAAUUUAGUGGCGACAGAGCUAGAGAACAUUUAACUGCCAUUACAAAAUUUGGGCCAAGGGUUACUGGCAGUUAUGAAAAUGAUAUUACUACAGUUAACUAUCUUCUAAAAGAACUAAACCUGAUAAAAGAAGUUGCUCACGAAGAUUUUGAUAUUGAAAUUGAACUUCAAACUUCUUCAGGCUCGUUUGCGUAUGCACGACCACGUGGUUAUGUUAUUACAAACGCCUACCAAAACAUUACAAAUGUUGUUGUAAAAAUUUCUUCACGCAAAUCUGAUAAUGCUUACAUUUUGGCUAAUGCUCAUUUUGAUACACCUAUGAAUACGGAAGGCGCCAGUGAUGAUACUGUUAGUUGUGCUGUUUUGAUUGAAAUAUUUAGAUCGAUAUGUCAAGGCAAUCCAACAGAUUUGAAACAUGGUAUAAUAUUUUUGUUUAAUGGAGCUGAGGAGGGAUUUUUAUCUGGAAGUCAUGCUUUUGUAAAAGAUCACCGAUGGUUAUCACUUGUUAAAGUUGUCGUAAACAUAGAAGCUGCGGGAUCAGGUGGACGUGAAUUUGUUUUUCAGACAGGACCUGAACAUUCAUGGAUUUUAGAAACAUAUGCUUCCUCAGUAAAAUAUCCAUAUGCAUCUGUUGUUGCACAAGAAAUAUUUCAAUCUGGCGUUAUUCCAGCUGACACUGAUUUUCGGGUGUUUGUACAAUAUGGAAAUCUUGUUGGUAUUGAUAUCGCAUUUGUAACCAAUGGUUAUGUUUAUCAUACACGUUACGAUGAUGCUCAGUCAAUCCCUUCAGGAAGUAUUCAGCGAGCUGGUGACAAUAUAUUUGGGUUAUUGAUGGCAAUGUCAAAUUCUCAUUACGUUGAAAACCCAUCUUUGUAUAAGCAUGGAAGCUCUGUGUUUUUUGACAUCUUGGGUGUUUUUGUAGUUCAUUACCCAAAGAGGUUACAUAUUCUCAUGAACAAUAUCACAAUUGCAAUAGUGUUUUUAUACAUACUGCAACGUUUAAUUCGUCAAAAUUUUUCUUCUCAAAGAGCACACGUUGGAUUGAGAAAAGAUGCAGAACAUGUUUCCUUAUUGUCUCUGUUUCUUGCUAUCAUUGUUAUUUUGUUCUCAUGGCUUACAGCUAUGAUUGUUCCAAUGGCUCUUGCCUAUUUUCUGAUCCAAGUAAAUGUUUUGAUGACAUGGUAUACCAACCCAUUUUUUGGUUUGUUGCUAUAUGGGCUUCCAUCAUUGUUUGGGUUGUUGUUGGCGCAUUUUAUAGGAAAUAAAAUUAUAAACAAGAUUUCCCGCACAAAUCUGUCAGCGUUUGUUUAUGCUCACCUACUCAUUCUGGCAACAAUUUUGUUCCUGAUGAAAUAUGUUCUAUCAUCAUAUAUCGUUUGGUUGUGGGUCAUCUUUCCUUUUCUGUUACUGUCUGUUGCUAAAGAUGCAAUAACUUUUCCUCCUGAAAAGAAGGAUCUGGGACUAUUUAUGUUGCAUAUUUUGGGUGCCAUAAUACCUGCCCUUAUCUCAAUAAAUCACAUCAAUAUGUUAUUUAUUUUUUUCGGCCCAUUGCUUGGAAGAGUUGGCACUGAACUACCAGGAGAAUAUGUUAUAGCUGGAUUAUCGAGUUUGUCUGUUAUCACAAUUGUCACUUACUUUACUGGGUUGUAUCACAAAGCUGGAAGUAUGGAAAAGGUCUUAAUUUUUAUUGGACUUUUGAGUCUUCUUCCUAUCAUCUGUGCAGUCAGUGGACGAAUGUUUCCUUAUUCUCGUACCAACCCAGUCACUCCAAAACGUCUGUUUAUGCAGCACACUUUACGGACAUUUCACAAUUGUGAUGGAACUAUUCGAAAACAAGACUCUGGUAUAUGGGUGCAACCAAUGGAUUACCUAGGGAUCAAGCCAUUGAAACAUAUAUCUUUCUAUAAGGAUAUUGAAAAUUUUCAAUGUGAUGGCUCCUAUUGUGGCUUGCCUUAUUUUUAUCCAAUACGAAAAGUCGCCAGAAAGCAAUGGUAUCUUCGAGGUGAAAACCCUGACAGUGACAAACCACCAUUAUCAACUGAUAUUUACAGAAAAGAAGUUGUUAACGAAAAAACUGUUAGAUUUUAUUUUGAUAUAAAAGGACCAGAUCACAUGAAUUUAUUUCUAACAUUAAAACCAAAUACAACACUGUCUGAUUGGUCAAUGUACAAAGCUGAAGAUGGUAAUAUAUAUUCAAUGGAAGACUUCAAUGGUGGAGAGACAUACAUUGUAUUCUUUUCUCAUGGCUAUUAUUCUGAUAAUUGGAAGUUUUGGCUCGAAUUCAAGAGACCAUCUGAAGAAGAUGGCAAUCUUGCAGAAUUAGGUAUUGCACGCCAUUACCUUCAUGGAAAAGAAGCCAGAACGCCUUUCUUAAACUCGGCUAUCAAAGCUUUACCCGACUGGAUAUGUGAUGAUUCAUGGACAAGUAAUUAUGAUGGCUUUACUUUGAAUUAACAAAUUAACUCAUUUAUUAAAUCAUGAUGUUUUAUGUGUUAUUUUUCAGAAAUAUUGGAAAAAAUAAUUUUUAAAUGCUUGGUAAUGUUGUCAAUUCGUGUAUAAUUAUAAAUUUUGUUUAUAUAUAAUUCUUGUGAAUUGCUAGGUUUUUUUAAAAAAAUUGUAUAUAAUUUUUUAACUUUAAGUAAAUAUUAUCAACCUAAUAAAUACUAAUUUU